AUGAAACUUGAGGAAAUUGUUAAAGAUAUGUUUCUGAUCUAUGCAGGAAAGGAGCUGCAGUUAAAAACAGGACAAGGAGAAGGUCUGAACCUGAAGGCUGAGGACAUCGAUGGGUUUAACUCAAACAGAAGAAAAGGUCCUUUUAGAAGUGUGGACCGACUCCAGAAAUUGGGUGAACAAAAGAAAUGGUUAGACGAAGAGGUAGAGAAAGUUCUGAACCAGUGCCAGGAGCUAGAGGUGCUGGAGGAAGACCUGAAGAGACUGGAAGCCCUGCUGCGGGAGAAGAGCCACCUGGAAAAUAAGAAGCUUCGGUCUAGUCAGGCCUUAAGCACAGACAGUCUGAAAAUAUCAGCUCGCCUGAACUUGUUGGACGGAGAGUUGUUGGAAAAAAGUCUGCAGCUUGAGAACAGCACAGCUGAGGGGAAAAUAAAGAGCUCAGAACAAGUUCAAGCUCUUCAGCAGGAAAAGGAGCAGCUCCAGAGACAGAAAGACAGUGUGGAUAAAAAGCUCAGCAGUGGCCAAGUGCUGUCCCCCAGCGCAGAGCGUCAUCUGUUUCAACUUGAAGAAGGCAUAGAAGCUCUGGAAGCUGCCAUUGAGGCCAAGAGUGAGAGCAUCCAGUGUCGCCAGAACUCGCUCAAAGAUUUCAAUAAGGUGAUGAAUUUGCGAGAAGCUGAACAAAAACAACAGUUGCUGAAUAAAGAGAUGGAGAUGAAGGUUCUGGAGUGGGAUACUAUCGUCCGUGAGUUAGGAUCUGCACUGGAACAUGUGCGAUUGCAGUGUGACCGAAGACUGGCCGUCCAGCAGAAGGAACACGAACACAAGAUGCAGUUGUUGUUACGUCAUUUCAAAGAGCCAGAUGGAGAAGGCAUUAUAGAAACCUUUAAAAAAUAUGAGGGCAAAAUCCAGCAGCUGGAAAAAGAUCUGUACUUCUUUAAGAAACCCAGAAAACAUGAACUACUACUGAUCCACAGACAACAGAUAUAACAGACACAAAGAUGGUAUCGUGAUGCUGGAGGUGGAGUCCUGAAUCCAGAAGAGGCGGCUGUGCUUUCUGAAGAAGUAAAAAGGGCAUCUAGAACCCAAAGUACAAAGUUGGAUGGAGGAGAAACAGAAAUAGACAAUUGUUCAAAUGGCUUAAAAACCCAACCACUGCCUCAGAAGAUUCUGGAAGGUGGCUCAGACUCACGGCCAGUCUGUGGCUCAUCAGCACCCUCCAUUGGCCAACUGUUGAGCAAUGUGCAUAAACCAGAGGACCAUCCCUUCGCACAGUUCCAGAGUUCACCACCAUCCCAAUUUCACCCCUUGAGAAGUAUCGGGCAGCUUCAGGGUGUCAAGCCCGUCAAAUUGUGCUGCAGAGAAUUACGUCAGAUUUCUGCCGUGGAGCUGUCAUUACGUUGCUCCAGUCUUAGACCUGGGGUCCAGUCAGUAACUGCCAAUUCUCUUGAAGUAUAUGAGGAAGCCUAG